GCAGGAAACCAUUUUGGUUAGUUGAGACGUUCACUUCUGCACGUAUGCUACAGAAGUCAAACCCUGCUCCACGCAAUUCCCGUCAGCUGUGAGAGGACAUGUUCAUCACACGGAAAUGGAAACGAGCCAUGGUCGCUGCUAAGAGAAAAGUCAUAUGCCUAUUCUCUUUUUUAUUAUUAUUUUUGUAGCAGACAAUGGGAUAUAUAAUAUUCACACGGCGGGAUUUAAAGUGACUGAUCUGCAGAAGGAAACGCUCACACCAACGGCUUGGUUUAUUGGUCCAGAGCUGCGCAGUGUAAACCUCUGACGCAGCCGGAGCACCUAUCCGCGGGGGGGACAGUGACAGCUGACUGCUCCAUCUCUCGACACGCCGGUUUUUUCCCAUCACGACCACUUCGGCUCUGCAGUGCAGGAACUGCUGCGUUUUAUGGAAGCGGAUCCCGUGCAUCCUGUCGUGAUCAUGCUGCCCCCAAAGAGUUGCCUGCCGAGGAACUACAGCUGCAUAGCCGGGCUGUUCGGAAGCCUGGCAGAGGCAAACCCGCGGCUUGAAGAUGGGGAUGAUUUGGACAUGAUCAACGGUACCUGUGAAACCACCGAGAGCCCAGUUGUGGAAGAGAGACCACGGGGCAGAGAGGUCUCCCUGAAGCCUACACAAAGUCCAAAUCUGCGUCGGAGGUGCAAGUCGCUGCCCACACCCACAGAGAGAGCAAAGUUAGAGAUCGCCCGCAGAAGAAGCCCGACCAGUCAGAAAACGGUCCGGUUCGCCGACUCACUGGGCCUGGAGCUCAUUUCAGUGAAGCACUUCGAUGAUACAGAUGAGCCACAAGUGCCGGAGCGCAUAUUGGCCAAACUAGCCAAAGGACCCGUCCACCUUAAUCAUUUGAACACAAAGUUCCCCCGUGUUCCUGCGCAGUCUACGUUCAUGGAGUUGCUGUUCACCAACCCAAGCACAGUACCCGGCUUUGAGCAGAAAGUGAGGGAGGUGAAAGUCAUGUUAGAGUCCGUUGAGGUAGAUGAAUUCAGCCUCUCCGGGUUUGUGCGCGUGUUGAAUCUGGCUUUCGAAAAGAGCGUCUCUUUGCGUUAUUCUCUUAACAACUGGAUUACAUGCAUGGACAGCCUGGCGUCCUAUGUUCCCGACUCAAGCGACGGUGACACUGAUAAGUUCUGUUUCAAGAUAGUCAUGCCUACUUACCUCGACAACGGAGGCACAUUUCAGUUUGCAAUUAAAUACUGUGUUGGCGGGAAAGAGUUCUGGGACAAUAAUAAUGGGAACAACUACAAAGUGCGGCGUAACCGGUUCAAGAUGUCCCCACCCCGGGAAUGGGAGAAUGGAUGGAUUCACUUUAUCUGAGCUUUGUCUGCAGUGACACACUGCGUGCGUAAUUUGUGCGUAACUGAUCCCCGGGUACUUUAGGUUUGACUGUUGCUUGUUAAGAUUAUUAUUUUUUCUUUCCCCUGCCGUUGCCAGCUAUACACACAUGCUCUGACUCUGACAACAAUUUCCAACAAUGAUUCAAACAGGCUAUUCGCCCCGCUGUGGUAACAGAUUGAUUGGUGAAGACUCGGAAGGGAUUCUGUUAGAACAUUUGCCUUUAAGUCAGGGCUCUGUACAGCUUGGUACCCUUUGGGGGGCAAUGUCACGUUAUGUAAUGUAGAAACACGUGCCACGGAAAACGUGCACAUAAUGCCGACUUGAGGCAUCACGGCUCCUUUCAAGGGGUGCUGUAAAAUGGUUUGGUGGCAGGAGAUGUUUAAAUUAUCCGUUUGUUUUUCAUGUGUGCAAAAAUAUCGGCUGGAUGGGAAGCAGAAAGCAUCACAUCUUGGCUGAUAUGGAUGCCAAGCGAACCUAGUAGCAUACACUGGUUGUCUCCUGCAGGCUGGGAGAGACAUACACACACUGACUUACUGAGUUGACAGACCAAAAUAUGUGGCAGGUUAUUAUGUUAUAAAAAAGUUGUCUAAUUUCCCACUGUCAUGCCAUUGAAAAAUGCCUUAUUUUAAGCCAUUAUGUUGGAAUUAGACUAAAUGCAUUCAAUGGUUAUCAUCAAGCUUUCAAGGCCUUCACUGGGAAUUUGUGUCCAUAUACCUGUUGGCUUUCAAUCCAGGGACAUACUCAUAAACUAUUCAACAUCCAUUCUUUUGCUGAAUUAAUGUCAAAAAUGUUAUGGUUUUGCCCAAAUAAAAAAAAAAAUCAGGGGUCUAACCAAAGUUCAAAGACGAUUAAAAAGUUUUCAUUAGGAGAAAAAAAUCACUUAAAGGUCCCAUGACAUGGUGCUCUUUGGAUGCUUUUAUAUAGG